AGCUCCGUUUCAUCCUAUACAGUGCAGCUGUAAUCCGAUUGGCUGAAGGGUGUCACGUGGGCUCGCGAGCGCCUCUAAUCCUGUCAUUUUCCAGGCGUAAUUUACCUUCAUUUAUUUCAGAUUUAUCUCUCCAUCGACAGCUAAUUUGAGCACCCCUAUUGACAGGCACGGCUCGGAACAGGACAAAAUUAUGAAUUCUGAUAACGACUACACCUUGUGCAAUCUUGACGCUCAUUCCUAUGCUAACACUUUUCCUAACUCUGAAAUACCAGCGAGCAUUUACGGAUUUGCAAACAUAAAUAACAGAUCACUCGAUACCGGCCAGGGGUACUACGGUCCUGACCCCUCCCUAGGAAGUCUUCAGGGUGGGGAGCUAGCUUUGGGAACUAACCCUCAGCUUUCUUACCCCGUAUCCACCAGCGUUAUCGCCCGAGCUUCACGCCACCCAGGAGGGUAUGGCUUGGGGGUGGGGGACAUCCCGCCCGUCCCUACAGUCAAUGAAUGUUAUGUGCCAAACGGAAACGGUAAUGGGGCAGCUUGUAUGGACAUGGGGGUGCGGACGCCUUUUUCUUGUGCCUCGGACCCUGCUCGAAACACCCUGCCAACGGGGGGAACCAGCGCUUACCUUUCGCACACACCUGGGGGAUCCCCCCUGAAGUCGGAACAGUGCGGAAGUCAGGCCAUGCAAUCGAAGCCAUUUCGUUGGAUGACAAUUAAACGAAAUCCGACAAAACCAGCUGGGAAACCUGGCGAGUAUGGAUACACAGCACCAUCACAGCAGCAGCAACAGCAAGGAGGAGCAUCGGGCCGUACCAAUUUUACAAAUAAACAGUUAACGGAGCUGGAGAAAGAAUUUCAUUUUAAUAAAUACCUCACACGCGCAAGAAGAAUUGAGAUAGCGGCAGCGUUAGGGCUCAAUGAAACACAAGUGAAAAUCUGGUUUCAAAACCGGCGAAUGAAGCAAAAGAAACGAAUGCGAGAGAUACAAUUCGAAAAAGGCAAUGAGAAUUCAUGCCAACUUGGACUAGAAGGCUUAUCAGUUCCCACGUUAAGUUUGUGCCACGACGCACGUUAAAUAUUUUGUGUCUAGCUGUUAUAUCUAUCAUCUUUUAAUUUCAUUUCGUUUGUGUCGAAAUGGAAUGCCAGCGACGAGUGGAAAAAUGCAAAUACUGAAAUACGUCAGUGAAACCGGAAGUGACGACAUGGACACAAUAUGGCGUCGAGGUAACCGGGUGUGGUGUCAAGGGGCACAACUCUUCAACUGUGUCGACACCAUCUUUGAAGUCUACAACAUUAUUUUCAAAGGACUUUUUCUUUCGCUUGAAUUCUUUUCACUAGAACGUGCAGCUUCCUUGCCAGAAAUAUGCCCAUAUAUGGACAAUACUAAACAUGUAAUGGACGUCACCAUGACCAGUCAAUAACAAAUGAAUGUUGUUUGUCAUGAAAUAACGUUCAGGAAAAGAUACCUUUGUCGUUAAUUGUCGUUCGGGGGCAAAACAUGACAACACUCGUGCGUGAAAGUCAUUAAACUGACCCCUUGAAUUUCACAAAUGCCUUUUCUCAAGGUUUAAAAAAACAUCCAACGAGAAUCAAUGUUAUUAUUUGGCAACUUAUUAGUCCUUUUCAAAAUCACUUAACGUCAAAUGUGGUGUAUGUGAGUGAACGAAUUGCCUUACGUAUUUUGAAACGAUCGUAAAGAUUAGGUUCGACGUCAUGACGGUCAUUCAACCAGAGUGACCAUAGACCACACACACCUGUCACGUGACAUAAACAAUAUUCCCACCGAUGAUUUUUGCAACUGUUUAUAAAGAGAACAACUUCAUGACAAUUAGCUGUAUUUCUUUCAGAGACGUGUGUAGACCAUUGGUUGAUUAAUUGUUGAUUUUGAAUGAGUUAGUGUGACCUUAUGUUGCCAUGCACAACUAUAAGACUCAAACUUCUCUUAAACAAUGUUGCGCGCGUUACAUCAUAUUAAUACAGCCAGUACCCCUCUUCUCAAAAUAGAAACUGAGUGUUUUUGUCAAUUGUACUUAUGUAGUCAAACGAUGUUUUGGGUACAGUUUACUUUUUAGACAUUUUUUAAAAUAUUUGUAACCCUGGGCAAAUCUUUAAUAUUUUUUUCUGUAUUGCCGUAUUUUUUGUGUUUAUUUUAUUAAUCGAAAUUUGUAAAGCGGCACGAAAGAUAUCGAAAUUAAUCAUAUUCAAAUGUGUUAUUACUUAAUAGCAUCACAUAAAUGAGCUAAAACAAACAAAAAAGGUUUUAAUGUCCUUAAAACAUGGUUUAUAUAUUCUUGUUUACAUGGAGCAGCGUUACCACGACCCAAAUCAUCCUUAUAUGUUACCUACUCUGCAGCCGCAUCUCUUGAUUAGUCUGCUUAAGUUCUGCAAAAAUAUAUACUAUUUUUUCAAAAUACGAGCUGUAAUAGAUCAAUGGUGUAUAGUCGUUGCCUCACUUUUAACUUAGAACACAGAAAUGGUUGAAUGUUUGAAUCAGAGUACAUUGAAGUUGCGAGCGAAGCAUGAGGUGUCGUAUGUCCGCCUGGAAGCCCUAAGCGUGAUAGAAUAGCGGCCAACAAUAUAGUGUCUGGUUGUGCAUGGCAGUAUUCCCGAAAGACUGAAUGAAUUUCUUGAUUUUUGUACAGAUGUAAUUCUUGUUAUAAUGUCCACUGCAUAUUACAUUCCACGCCUGUGUAUAAAGCUGCAUGUGUUUAUUUCAAUGGUGAUCAUGUCUAUUUCGAUUAUGGUGCUGUAGGUUCGUGUAUAGUGCACUGUUCAAUGUCUUCAUCAUCGUGUAUAUAUCACUUAGGUACAUGUUGAUUUCAAAACAGUCUUAAAUAAUGCAAUCAUAUCCUCUCAAACUUUUUUCUCUUACAUAUAUAACGAAUAAAUGCAAUUGUUCUAACACAGUAUGUCGAUGACAAACGACGACGAUUGUUUUGUAGGUUAUACUGAAAGUAACAGAUGUAUAUGAGAGCUACUUGAAAACAUACCUAUCGCAGUCAUCAAUGUAUAUCGUCAUCGCUAAAGUCUUUUUGAUAGGUAAAUAUUUAUUUGGCAAGACGUUAGAGGACUGUUUUGAAAUUAAUACACGAGAGAGGUUCAGGGUCCAGCUUCUAACAUCACAGUUUCUUUCUUAGUGUUUCAAUUCCUUACAUAAUUAAACCACGCAAUAGAAAGUGUGAUUUAAGAAUUUAGUGCUCGAACAAUAUCCUCAGGGCGGUAUAUAAGACCUGACAGAAAAUGAUUGCUAUCAAAAUACCAUCUAAUGGGUAAAGGCUAUCAUGUUCCUCAUUGCUUCGAAAAAAAAUGUUAAUUGAAUUUUUUAUGUUAUCAUAAUAUCUUUUAAAAACCGGAAACGGUUCUUAUUUGCAUGUUUGAGUGUACAUUGCCGAGUUUAUAGCAAACCUGCUCCGAGCACAGUGGCCAAAAGUCAUUAAAUAGCUGUCGGAUCUCGGCGUGAAUUAACAGACAUCUUCGAUCUUGAUUUCACAAAAACAAAAGAGGCCGAAAGCAUCCGCGAAUUUUAUUGGCUAUUUCCAUAGCGUGCAGGUGCUACUGGAGACAACGAGGAGCCAGCCCUGAGCUUUUUCUUGUGAAAUUUGCACCUGGGGUUAUGAGAUUUUGUAAUAGAUCUAUAAUAUGGAGUCGUGAAAUCUACAUCAAUGCAUUUCACAUUUAGGGAUCAAUCUGAAAUAGAAAACAAAACUGAUUUCGUUUAAAGUUGUUAUUUAUUCUGUUUUAUUUGCGUUAAUGUCGACUAAGAACAAAGAUUGUUUACUGAUUUCAAUAUUUCGUUUCAUGUCUAGGGUUUUUUAAACUCAAAUAGUGUGAAACCGUCGUGUGAAACCAUAGUGUGAAACCGUAUGAUCACAUGAUUGGGCUCUCAUAUCGGCAAAUGACAAAGUUAAACGAGUUAUAUUUCUUGUGCAAUUCUUAGCAUUUAAUGAUGUGAUAAUACUAGGAAUGAUAAAUGAACGAUUUUAUCUGUCAAGGUGUUUCUGUAUCAUUGGCAUGUUCUGGUGUAGACUUCAACUUAGAUUUCACUUUUCAUAUUUUAGUCUUUCUUUAACAUAAUCAUUCUUAAUAACCGAUAAAACAUUAAAUACACCAGAUCAAUUUCGUAAUGUACAAUUCUAAGUGUGUAAUACAAUAAAACUGGGGUAGACAUAUUUUCUCCAUCUUUGAUAAAACAACAAAUAAAAAAAUUUCAUAAAUGUGAAAAACAAAAAUAAUUCUCAUUUUCUUCGCUUUUGCUUCUUAUAUGCAAUAGGUCACAUAGUCAUGUUUCGUCAUUGUAACAAAACUACUCGGGCAACGCCCGUCAAAGCGAAGUGGAGCUCCGAGAGUCGAUGCCGUCAAACUACUUUAGGCUUUAGAUUUUCGCUAAUAUAACCACGCAAUGAUUCUGUUUUAGUCCUGUGCAUGUUAGUAUUUGUUUACUUUGUGAUAGGCGAACUGGUCAGCCUUUGAAACAUUUUAUGAAGAGUAUUGUAUGCUCAAACUAUUUGAGAUAUUAUUUAUUUAUACUGUCAUAUCUGUCAAAAUAAUUUAUAUGAUAUGUCUGGUCAAACAUUAAAAUUUGCAAUAUAAUAAACCAAUGUUAAAAA